AUCAGAAGCUAAGUGGAAAAUUAGUCUUGUUUUCUUCUUCACAGAGGCAUGGUGGCUGAACAGUAAAGCGCUUGGCUUCUGAACCGGGGGUCCCGGAAUUGAAUCUUGGUGAAUAGUGAAAUUUUUAACUUUGGGGGCCUCUGAGUCUACCCAGCUCUAAUGAGUACCUGACAUUCAUUUUGGAAAAGUAAAUGCAGUUGGUGCAGCAUUCAAAUAAUGUGGUAUUUCCAGUGCAACAUAGAAGAAAUUUGUGGAGUUAAAACUCGCUGCAUACAAAUACACUUUUAAAGUUAUCGAAGGCUGUAAUACUACACCUGAAGAAACAUAAGAGUGUAGAAAAAAAGAAGUAUCAGACAUUGUUCAUGCACAAGCAGUUUCUCAUCAGGAAGAGCCCAAGGAGUGAAUGACUUGAAUUUUCAAUUGGCUGGCCACAGUUAGAAUUACUUUUGAUGAGUCAAAUCAUCAUGGCACAAAAAAAGAUUUUACUAUCCCACAAUAGUGUGGAUACUGACAUUCAUUUCAACAUGGGGCCUAUAUUAGAUACACCACAAAUUUGUCAGUUUUGUGCCAUUAGGUACAUGGUAAUAGAAAAUCCCAGAAAUAAAGUUAAUGGUUCACCUUGGAAAGAGAGGCAGUAUCAAAACUUUUCUCCUACUCUGUAAAGCAAAGACACAUAUUCAGGGCACCAUGUCAUGUCAUGUGAUGGUUGCAUUCUGCAGCUGAUAAAAGUUGUGGCUGUGAUAUAUUGCUGUUCUUAAAGAAGAUUACAUUAAAGAUAGAGCUAAAAGGAUGUUGAAUGCCUUAAUCAAUUUGUUGGCGAGUAGUAAAAAGCAACUAAAUUACACACUGGUUUUGCCAGACAUAGAAAAAGUUACUAUUAUACUUUGUUUUUGGGGCAGUGCUCUUGAUAGAAACAAGAUGAAAUUGUCAGUAACAGGCUCCUUAUUCUAAUCAUAGACCUGAUGGUGAAUCAUCAUGGUAAUUACACAAAAGAUCACAAGCUUUGAAACAACCAUUCUUAGGGACACAUUUUGACUAUUUCAACUACCAUUACCAAACUGAUAUUUCCAAUUGUUAAAAGUGUAAUUUAACAAGAACACAAGUUCUGAAAUAACCAUUCAAGAAACACACUCCAAUGAUUCCAUCUAUCAUAAGUGAGCUGAUAUUUCCAGUUGUUAAAAGCCUUACUGAACCAGACUUAUUAUGGUGAAUGGCUGUAUAAAAUUGGGAGUUGAUUAAUAAACGAUGAUUGCAGGGAGAGUUGUGUCCAUGCUAACUUCUCAAGUUAUUGGGUCACUAGCAUGUGCUUUGUCAACCUUAUAACUAACAAUGUCAACAAUAGAGAAGAAAACCAGCCAAGACUUGGCAUCGCUUAUCAUGGAUGAAUUUUCUACCUUCAGGACACCAGUUUUGAAUGGAUUCAUAGCUUUUUUAAUCAUCCAUAAAAAAUUAAGUGGUGUUAAAAUCCAUAGGCAUAUGUGCCAGUAUGGUUAUAUUGAAUCACAUACAUUAUAUGGUUACGUUAGGAAAUUUGAUCAGAGGUUUAGAGAAUUGAGGAGAUCAAUAGAUAGAAACUGGUUAAAGCUAGUAGAGUUUCUGCAUAUGCCAUUUCCUGUUCAACCAGAGGAUUGCAUCAACAUUCAGAAGAGAGAUGAGUUGAAGGAGUUACAAAAACAAGAGCUAAAAAAUGCCUUGCUUCAUUCAAGCUCCUUAACGACUGAUUCCCCAAUCCCUUCUACAGAGUCAGCUGAGAACAAAGCCAAUGGGGGAGAGGAGAUCACCCCGAUAGCAGCUUAUAAUCUCAGAGGGGGGGAAGAUUUGACUCCUAGAGAAACCUUACUACAAAAUCGCCUUUCACAUGUGUCACUGCUACGUAGACAAGAGGCGAAAAAGUACAAAGAAAUUAUUAAGGGGUAUAGAAACAAAAUCAAGUCGCUUCCUCCCACUGUCAAAUCAGCACAAAAGACAUUUAAAAGAAAAAACGAGAGAAUCACCUGUUUAAGAGAAAAAUUGAAAGCCGCCCUCUUGGGGGCUUCCAGGGGACAGUGUGCAAACUGCACAAUGAUGACCAUGCUAUUCACAAAAGAGAGAAAUAAAUGUCAACAAAUGAAAGAAAAAACAGAGCUAAUAGAUGUCCUCGUCACACAGAAUGCAGAGAGGGAUUCAGUCAUUCAAAAGCUCCAGCAGGAUUCUUUAGUUGUUAAAGCCAAGGUGGAUGUAAUGGAAAGCCUUUUCUCACCUGUAAAGUCAGAAAGAGAAAUAGACUUUACAGAGGUGGCAGGCAUGAUACAAGACUGCAUUGAAAAUGAAGUGCCCAUUGCAAGCAUACCAUCUCUUAUUAUCAGUCUUACCUCACGUAUGGGUGUGAAGGUAGACCUUGGGCCUCGCCAACAUUCUGUUGAACAAAUGGUCAAAGAUGUUUUAGUACAAGAUGUAAAAAUAGAAGAAACCAUUGAAAGUGAGGAUAUUUUAGUAAAAAAUAUAAAAACUGAAGAUUAUAUUUUAGUUGAUGACAUAAAAACUGAAGAAAGCCUUGAAAAUGAUGGUAUUUUUGUUAAAUUUGAAAAGGAUAUCUAGUCAAUUGCUAGUGCUGGUCAGGUUUAUGUUACAUUUCUUUUCUAUUCUUCAUUUUUUAAUUCAAAAUAAAAAUUAAAUUGAUGAUAACAAAUGUUGAGAAAUAUAGAUUGUUUUGACAUGUACCUGACAUGUUUUCUAGUACUUGUUUGAAAAAAAAAGAA